GCUAGAAACCCAGCGGAACCAUCGGAAGGGCUCGAAUUAGAUUUUAAUUUCGUCAAAUGAUCUUCACAUUUAACCAUCGCAUAGUCGUGUGUAUCGUAGCUAGACGUUGCUAGGAAUUGCAGUAGGGUGGAGGAAGGACCACGGCCACAAUGUCCUGCGAAGUGAAGGUACUUUCCGUUAUCGAAGACCUGCGCGAGGUACAGGAACAGUUUGGGCUCAGCUCAGAUGAAAACUGGCUGAACUCGGUGAGCUACUCGCUCUCGCCAGCCGGAGACACGUUGGCACUCGGGCAUGGAUCGAUACUGUUGGUGCUGACCUCCCGCUGGGACCGCCAGCGACAGCUGAACGUGUACAGGACGGCCUGGAGGGGAGCGAUCGAUGAUGCUAGCUGUAACAUAACGAGCAUUCUCUGUACGCCGAUCGUUGGCCAGGGCCAGAGCUCGCAAACGAUGGUCGAUUUCAGUUACAUCAUCGUGGGUCUGGACAGUGGAUUGGUGCUGUUUUACGGUGAAACCGGGACACUCGUUCACUCGCAAAUAUUCCACCAGGAACCGAUACAGGCGCUCAAAGCGCAAAGUGGCAAGCAUAUCAACGAGGAGCUGUACGUAAUGUACGCCUCGUGUACCGUGAUCUUACAGGGAUCGCAGGUAUUUCCACUGCUGCGUAGUCUCCGGCAGCAGAUUAAUCGCUACGGAGCGGGCAGCCCCAAGGUGAACGAAGCUCAGGAAACGAUUGCAUGUCGCAAGUGGAGCUACGAGAAGGGUAUGACGAUCGUGGAUGCGGUCGUUGUGGGACCGCAAAAAAGCUGCACAUUCGAUCACCUACUAACGGCCAGUCUGGAGGGUGGCUUCUUCGCCAAGUAUCGCCACGCGGCACCGCAGAACUCGCUCAUCGUUGCUGCGGGCAGUAAACCGUACGUUGGGUUCCACUACGCAAAGGAAGGCUUCACGCAACCGCUGCUGGCUGACGUUGCUCGAGCGGUGGCCAGUAAAAUCAAAUCCGCCUUACCAUCUUGGCUUGGUGGUGGUGGUGGUGGAUCGUCAGCACAGCAGCAAGCCACUGCGGAACCACAGCUUCCUCCCUCGGAACCACUGAUUUGUCGCUUUGGGCUAUGCGAUCUUCAGCGGAAUGCAUUCGCUGUCUGGCUUGCACCGAACUAUCAGCUAGCGGCCGUUGCUGACAAUUUGGGGCGCAUCAUACUGGUCGACUGCCAGCGUGGUAUCGCACUGCGCAUCUGGAAAGGCUAUCGAGAUGCUCAGUGUGGGUUUGUGGAGGUACCAGAGAAGCUUCCGAAAGACUCCUCGACAGCAGCCGGAGGAUCCUCUCGUAAAUUGGACCGCCGGAGAGCGUUAUUCCUCGUGAUCUACGCUCCCAGACGUUCCGUACUGGAGGUGUGGUCCCUGCGUUCCGGUGGUGCUAAGGUGGCUGCCUUUAGUGCGGCCAAAAAUGGACAGCUGCUGUACAACACACACAGCCAGAUGGGAGUGACGAGUGGUGCAAGCAAGAUCAAGUAUUCCGGCCACGGUUGCACCUUUCUCGAUCCGUCUGACAAUAGCUUGAAGGAGAUCGUAAUACCGUUUCACUGUGCGCUGAGCGAUUCCAAGUCCAAAAUGGCCAAGGAUUUGCAUCUGCUGAAGCGCCUGAAGGUUUGCAUCAAAUCAGGCGACGGUAGCGAGGCGGAAGAGUUGGAUGAGCUGAGCGAUAUGUGCCGUUGCUUUGAGACUGACGAGAUCCGGUUGCAGUGCGUCGAGAUGUUGGCCAAACAACGGCGCAUAAGGCCACGGUUGUUUGCGGCAGCAGUGGACAUUUUCGCAGAGGCAUCACUAGAAGGGCCGACGGCUUCAUCGGUAGCGAGCACAACUACUGGCACGAUGACAACGGCUGAUAUGGAGUACGAGGAAGAGAUUGAAACUCGAUCCGAGUGUGUAUUGCUUAGCAAAAGCCCACUACGGAUUAUGUGCGAAAACUAUCAACGGUUGGUCAUGUUCUAUCUGUAUCUACACGGUGAUCUGCCUACGAUGGAGGGAGAGCAAACAGCGCAAGAAGAAACACAGGCGGAGUGUACCCAAGAAGGUCAACUAUCCGAGCAAGAGCUUACCGUGAUUGAACAACUGAUCGAGUUACUGCGGAUGAAUAACGCAACGAAGGAGAACAUUCAAAUUGCUGGUAACAGUACGGGCAGUACCGGCGUUGGUGCUGGUAGUACAGGAGGCCCUAAGGGCGUUAAGUUUGAAGAAAGUGUUGGUUCCGGUGUGCGCAACACGAGUUUUAUGGAGUACCUGUCCUCGUUCAACGUAACCAACGAUGAGCUUAUUCUGUUGCGUGAAGAGCAUGGCGCUAAUGCGUACGCUGGGCUAGGGAAGAUCAUCUUCGAAACGCUGUACCGAAAGAGCGAUGGGCGGAUUGCACGACUGAAUGGAUUCCUGUCAGCUGCCGAAGCAAGUGGAUUGAUGCCGGAAGAUUUAUUGCGAAUUUUCCUGGCCUAUUGGCUUCGACUCCCCUUCGCGUAUCAAGAUACGGCAGCCCUGAUGGACGAUCUCGAUCGUUUCAAUGCGGUGCUACACCAAAUCUGCCUGCUGGCACGUGAUAAAAUCAUCUUUGAUAACAACACCAUCUGCCUGUGGUGGCAAUCGGUUAGAGAGUAUCUGCUCGAAUCACCGUGUGCCUUGCGGGGUCUGCUCGCGGCCCUGAUGUGCCGCAAUGAAGCGCUGCGGCACGAGCAUCGUCGACGGAGCGUCGAGGAGGAGGUGAGCGAACGGUUCGAGGAGGUAACUCAGGAAGCAUGCCAGUGGACGCUGCUGAUCGACAAGCUCGAAGAUGUGGCAAUUCUGGGUACGAUUUUGGCCGAAGGUGUCCGCUGUCUCCAUCCUCGAUGGCCUACGUUGAAGUACCAUAAGCCAUCGGUUAGCUUGAAGGAGAUACUAACGGGAGGAAAGGGUAUCAUUGGUGAACUGGUUGCGAAGUGGAUCGCUUCGACCGGUAUCGAACCGGAUAUGCUCGUGAUAGAGGUACCACCAGAAGCAACUGAAACGGAUCCAAAACCAGCACCGGUGACCGAUAUGAAAGCUUCUCCGGACAAAGUGUUACCAACGCGAAGCGAUCGGCGCGAACGGAACCGUCAAUUGGCGUUAAUUAAGGCAAACCUUCUGCAAACGUCCGAGUAUGGUCCCGACGAGCGAGACGGUGAUGAGGGAACGAAGGAGCAGCUCGAUCCCGUGCUUUACAACUUAAACAUUCUGCGGUUACACUUUCCGUUCAGUCUCGAUUCCGGGCAGCUGCUGGCACAGCUUGCCUGGGAGUACAUUGGAGCGUGGAGUCGGAACAUGGCCAACAUAGCCUGCCUGAAAGCGGGCCUUGCGUGUCUGCAUGCGAUACCGCGUCUGCAGUAUUCCAUCAAGCACGGUCUGUGCUGUAUGGUAUGGAACGCGCACCUGAAAAUCCCGCUCGAGGCGACCAAAAAGCUCGUUAACAAAGUAGGCCGGUUGCCGAAGGAGAAGCUGUGUCUGCAGGACAUCGGUAUCAGCGAUGCGCUCGUGUCACAGUUUCUGGAGUGUUGCCUGGAGUUUUUCGAACACUUUGCCGGUAGCAUCGAUCAUGAUAAAUUAGAACCACGAUUUGAAGAAUUGCUACAAGAGGGACCAGUCCCUCUAACGGUGCUGGCAGUACAGCAAAACUCCGCCAAUAUGGCGCUUCUUCGGUUACACCAGGAGCUGACACUGGUGCUGCUGAUGCUUACAUCGUUCAAUGUGCGCUACGCUAGCAAACCGAUCCAGCAGCUGUUCGACGGUAUGGCCAAUCAAGCAUUUUUCGCCGAAAUCAAUCGACAGCUGAGCGCUAACAGUGCACUGCCCAAGGCGGACCAACUGCUGAGAAAGACUCGUCUCGAGUUUCUCUGCCGUACCGUUACCGCUACGAUGGAUUUAAUACACGAGGAGAUGCAGGUUGUCUACUACACGGAUCACAACGAUUGGAUGGAGAAAGUCGAGCGACUGGCCGGUGCAUGGGAACUAGAGUUUGGUGACAUCCGGAAACAUCAGAUAAUCGAACUAUAUGCUCAUGGCUGGGAUACGUACGCGCACGAGCUGCUGGAGAACGUAAUACCGGAUCAAACCUUCGCAAAUCUUCUGCUCACCAUUGCUGGCCGCCGGUUAGCACUGUACACCAAAGCGAACCCUAGCACGUGGGGACAGAUUGCUGCCGUCGGACCGCUCCUAACCGAUUAUCUCGAUACACUAGUUAGCAACGGUAACUACGGGCCUCCUUUGCGGUUCGCCGGACUGGAGGAGGAAACCCUGCAGACUGCGGAUGGCGCUGAGAUGUUUAUUGAAAAGAUAACCAAACUAACGGAGAAAGCCUUCAAUGCUCUCUCAGCGCUGGCGGUCAAUGCGAAAGGAACCUCAAAGGAACUACGUAUCGCUGGACUAAUAUUUGAUGCCUGUGCCACCAUUAAAGAUCACCAGCCUACGCACCAGUAGGUUGCGCGUAGGCGACUCCGUAACAAUCACUGCACUGCACGCGCUCACAAGUAAAUGAUUAUAUUUACUGAUUGUAAAUAAUUUUAAUUCAACCAUCGCAGCAUCCCUGGCAUAUCAUCUGCGAACUGAAAUUAUGUUGAUAUUGCUCAAGUCCUCCAUCGUUGGCGGCUGGCACUGCAAUUCCCAUUCUGGUUCCUCCUUUCCUCUCUAUCCCUUUAGCUAAGCUAUUAAGCGUCACUAAAGAAAUCGAAACGAAAACCAAACACGUUAUACAAAUGUUAAUAAUAAAAUACUUCGUUAACACAA